UCGGGUUUUCGGUCGGUCGGUCGGUCGGUCAUCAUCAUCCUUCUUUGAUCCGGUUAUGAAACACGUGCACAGCAUGUGAUUGCAGUAAACAUAAAUUUACUGACCUCAAAGGUUUUGUUUUUUUUUUGGGUAUUCCUAACAUCAACAGAGCGUGAAACCCACGCCAAACGCACAUGGCUCGACCCUCUUGGUUCAAUGACUUUUUUCAAUCCUGUUGUUAAUUUCCACGACCCUUACUCCUUAAUGCAUGGGACCUUCAUUUUUUAAAGUCCGCGGCGACUUUCAACAUGUAUCCCUGGUCUUCACUCCUGUCAAUCUAAUGCCUAAAACACGGAAUUUUUAAUUUAUAUAUGGUAACAGGAACUAAGGGAGUAAUCAUCAUGGAUCAGAAACAGAUCAACAUAAUGCCUUGUUCUCAUGUGCUCAUGUCCUUUGUGCUGCUCUCCGUUCUUGGUUUCCAUAGCCUCAGCGUCGAAGCUGAAAUUCCUGACAUGUCCCAUUUCUGUUCAAACACAACAACUUUCACUCCCAACAGCACCUACGAGUCCAAUCUCAAUCUCCUCCUCUCCUAUCUCACCUCCAACGCCACCAAUGACCUCGGAUUCCACAACACCACAGUCGGCUCCCAAGACCCCGGCACGACUGUUUACGGUUCAUUUAGUUGCCUUGGCGAUGUCACCCCUGAAAAAUGUCAAGAAUGUGUGUCUACUAUAGCCAGAGGAGGAGUCCAAAAGUAUUGCCCCUUGAGCAAAAUCUCAUUAAUAUGGUAUGCAGAUUGCAUGUUACGCUACUCAAACACAUCCUUCUUUGGCAACUCGGAGACAUCUCCUCAAGUUUCCUUCCUCAACACGGGGAAUAUCACUGAGCCUGACCGCUUCAUGCCGCUGCUGGGACAAACUCUGAAGAGCUUGGUGAGACCUGCUGCUAGUGCACCUUCAGGUGUGAAAAAACUCAAAACAAAAGAAGUGAACUUCACAGAUUUUCAGCCGUUGUACACCCUUGUGCAGUGCACACCAGACCUAUCGAGCCUAAGCUGUGAAGGUUGUCUUACAGAAGCUAUUGCAGCUAUUCCAGUUUCUUUUUAUGGAAAGCAAGGGGGAGUAGUCUUAUGUCCUAGUUGCAAUGUUCGAUAUGAAAUCUAUCCAUUUUACAGAGCUCAAGCUGCCACACCUCCACCAGCGGCAUCGCCACCGCCACCAUCACUGCUUCUUCCUCCCCCUCCUCCAGGUUCAGUAACGAGAUCUCAAGGUAAAAUGAAUAGCAAGAUGGCCAUUGUUGUUCCAAUUGCCUUGGUGCUUUUCUUGGUAGGCUGCUUUUUUCUAAGAAGCAGGACAAGAAAAAAAUAUGAUGCUUUACAGGGACAGAAUGUUGUUGAUGGUGCAGGAGAUAAUGAAAUUACUAAUGUGGAGUCAUUGCGGUUUGAUUUUGCUACAAUUGAAGCAGCCACAAACCAGUUCUCUGUUAAUAAUAGAUUAGGGGAAGGUGGCUUUGGAGAGGUUUACAAGGGAACACUCCCUAAUGGGCAAGAAAUAGCUGUGAAGAGGUUAUCUAGAAGCUCCGGGCAAGGUGUUGAGCAGUUUAAAAAUGAGGUGGUUUUGGUCGCCAAGCUUCUGCACAGAAAUUUAGUGAGGCUGCUGGGGUUUUGCUCUGAAGGAGAAGAAAAGAUACUUGUUUAUGAACUUGUGCAGAACAAAAGCCUUGACCACUUUUUAUUCGACUCGGACAUUCAAGUAAAGUUGGAUUGGUCAAGCAGAUACAAGAUUAUCAGUGGGAUUGCUAGAGGCAUUCUCUAUCUCCAUCAAGAUUCUCGGCUUAAAAUCAUACAUCGAGAUCUUAAAGCGAGCAACGUAUUGUUAGAUGGGGAAAUGAACCCAAAAAUAGCAGAUUUUGGCAUGGCAAGAAUAUUUGGAGGUGAUCAAACACAAGGAAAUACCAUAAGGAUUGUCGGAACUUAUGGUUACAUGCCUCCGGAGUAUGCAAUGCACGGACAAUUCUCGGUGAAGUCUGAUGUGUACAGUCUUGGUGUCUUAAUCUUGGAGAUUGUAACUGGCGAGAAGAACACUAGCUUCUAUCAAUCAGACAGCGGCGAAGACCUCUUGACCUAUGCUUGGAAACAUUGGGGGGAUGGGACGCCAGAAGAGUUGUUGGAUUCAAAUCUGAGAGGUUCUUAUUCAAGAAAUGAAGUAAUCAGAUGUAUCCAUAUUGGUUUAUUGUGUGUUCAAGAAAAUCCAGAGGAGAGACCUACAAUGCAAACUAUAAAUCUCAUGCUAAGCAGUUACUCAGUUACUGCGCCAUCGCCUCAAAAGCCAGCAUUUUGCCUGCAUAGUAGAGAAGAGAUGAGAAUGCCAUCAGUAACGUCUGAAUCAUCAAAUCAACACACUAGCACCUCAGUCUGUUCAGUUAAUGAAGCAUCAAUUACUGAAUUGUACCCUCGUUAGUGUUGGUUUAUAGCAAACGAUAGUGUCACUAA